UAAAGUGACGAUUACAGAGAUGGUGUAGCUCCAUGGAUCUACCGCUAUAGCGUCACUAGCAGCUUGGGUGUAGAAUCAGAUAAAAAGUCACUACGUCCCAAGAGAGGGGGUGGUGAAAAUCGCAAUGGUAGGGAAUUUGGGGUUUUUGUUGGGCUUGUCACUCCCGUACUGUGUGGGAGUCCCUUCGUCUUUGGGUAUCAGACCUUUAUCGGCCGAGCCGUUCGACUCCACCGGGAUCGCCGUUUACCGUGAAUAAAAUGCCAUUCGGCCCGGAAUUAAAAUAACACCGAAGGAUCUCAACAAUGUCCGAUUUGUUCAAGUCGGCCUUCGGCUACUUCAGCAGUACCAGCAACAGCGGGACGGCGAUCAGCAAUGACCUGGUCGGAAGGAUCGUCGAGGUGGACAGUCUCAAGAUCAGGAUCAAGAGAGUCAUCGCUGAAGGUGGCUUCUCCUUCGUCUUCCUCGCCCAGGCGGUCGACUCGGGGAAAGAGUACGCUCUGAAGCGACUUAUGGCAGCCGAUGAAGAGACUAAACAAACCAUCAUCCAAGAAAUAAACAUUUUGAAAAAGCUCUCUGGACACCCAAAUGUAAUUCAAUUUUAUGGCGCUUCUUUUAUUGAUGAUUCAAAAACUGAACAUGGCAUGGGCGAAUAUUUAAUUCUAACAGAAUUGUGUCCUGGUGGGAGUCUUGAACAGUUGAGGAAACAGUCGACAGUGGGUUUCCCUCCUGAAAUAGUUACAAAAAUUUUAUGGCAGGCAUGCAAAGCUGUACAUCACAUGCACAGUCAGAUUCCCCCAAUUGUUCAUCGAGAUUUAAAGAUUGAAAAUCUAUUAUUAAGCAGCGAAGGGAAAAUUAAACUCUGUGAUUUUGGAAGUGCGACUAGUCACAUAAUUCGCCCAGACAACUCAUGGAGUGCUCAACAACGAUUUUUACUUGAAGAUAAGAUGAACAUGUGUACAACACCUAUGUACCGAGCUCCUGAAAUGAUAGACACCUGGGUGAAUGCCGAGAUAGGUACAGCUGCUGAUAUUUGGGCGCUUGGUUGUCUCACUUAUUUCCUUUGCUUUGGAAAACAUCCAUUUGAGGAUUCAUCAAAUCUUAGAAUAAUAAAUGCCAAUUACAAUAUCCCAUCGUCUGACUCGAAGUACAGAUGCUUCCAUAGCAUAAUAAGUGGUUGUCUGGUCGUCCAGCCAAGUAAUAGAUUGACAAUUACACAAAUUUUAGAUAGGCUUGCUUCUGUUGCUGAGACCCAACAAAUAAACCCAUUAGAUCCUAUAGUUAUAGAUAAAUUGCAGCCAAAUAAUAUUAGUAACACAGGUGCUAAUGAAAAUGUUAAUUCUAGUCCUGUUAGAAAUAUUUCAAACAAUGCUGCUUUAAACAGAUCCCAUAGUCCAGUACAAAGGCCACCACCACCCAAUGUUCCGGCUCAGCCAACUCCUAGUAGUGGUGGAUUGUUCUCCCAAAUAAGAGGUGGGGCUGGAAGUUUUCUAAAAAACUUGAAGGACACAUCAUCCAAAGUUGUCCAGUCUGUCCAGCAGACCAUGGUGCGAACAGAGGAGAUGGCAGCGAGUUAUAUCACGUCUCGUAUAUGCGUUAUAAAUUAUACAGAGGGACCUGAUACACUUCAGGAUCUUAGGUUUAUGGUCGAAUCAAGGCAGUCGUUGUCAAACUGCAUAAUCUUCAAUCUUUCAACAGCUCCUCUUCCAUUACAUCGUUUUCCUAAUUCUUCGAUAGUAGAAUGCGGUUGGAGUAAGCGAUGCCCUUCACUUCAAGCUAUUUAUACACUGUGUGAGCAUAUGCAUAAUUUCUUAAAAAGCCAGUCUACAAAUGUUUGCUUCGUGCUCUGUCCAGAUGGAAGACGUAGCUCAGCAAUGUUGGUGUGCGCUUUUCUCCUUUAUGUAGGUUUUGUAUCUAGACCACAGGAUGCCUUGCAGUUAUAUGCUGUUAAAAGAACACCACCGAACCUUCAACCUUCUCAAAUAAGAUAUUUGGAAUAUUUUACCCAAGUGCUUGCAGACCCACAACCGACUUUGAGCUGUAGUAAAAUUAGAAUUAUGAAUAUUGUGAUUCAGCCAGUACCUUUAUUCAACAAAAACAGAGAUGGUUGUCGCCCCUAUGUUGAGGUGUUUCAAGGAGAGGACAAAGUUUUCACCACAAUCGAUGAAUACGACAGGAUGGUGGUUUUUACUGUAUCACAUGGGAAGGUUAAAUAUUUUAGUAUUACUAUUAAUACGUUAUGCAUAGAAUGUAUACUAAUAGCAAAUUUUCAGGUUGUAUUGCCUGUCAGGUGUUCGGUGAGUGGAGAUAUCACUUUAGUAGUAUAUCAUGCCCGACAAGUCCUCACGAGGGUGACACCAAUUAAAAUCUUUAAAUUACAAUUUAAUUCAUCUUUUGUUAAUGAUAAUACUCUUAUAUUUACAAGGGGAGAUUUAGAUGAUGUUGAAUCGCCUGAGUAUUACCAAGACAAUCUAAUUGUUACAUUGAACUGUGAAGAGGCAGGGGAUCCAACAGUCACCAUCGCACCGUGGGCGAAGCAUCAAAAAGUUGAUCCAAAUAUACUCUUCAAUUCUAAACUUGAAGCUGAUGAAACUACAGAUUCAUUUGUUCCGAAGAACAAUGGCUCAAAAAAAGCACCGCCGAGACCUACUCCUCCAAGACCAACACCUCCCCGUCCACCACCAGUCACUCCACAGAUGAAGCCGAAUGUAGAUGUAAAAGAAACUAGUGACUUGUUGAACCUGAAUUCAGUAAGCGGCGUCAAAACAGAUGAUUUACUUAAUCUUGGUUCAGAACCCGAUCCACAAGUGAAUGAAAAACCAUUCAUAAACACUCCAAACCUCCAAAAUCCUCUUUUUGAACCCUUUGCAACAGAACAGCUUUUUGGAGAACAACCAUCCAAUGGACAAAAGAACGUUCCAAAAAGUGACAAUCUUCUUUAUGAUUGGGGCGAUUUAAACAUGACAAGUACCACCACCCCAACCCCAACACCCAAUUUUGGGAAUUUUGCUCAACCUACAAUGCCAAAUUUGCAAACUCUCAAUUUAAACACGAACGGGUUAAGUAACAGUUUUCAAGACAAAAACAACUUGGGCUGUUUUCCGUCAUCCAUGCAACGAAACGUCAGCUCUCCCAACUUGCACUCCGACAUACUGGAUGAUUUCGUAGUAAAACCAAAAGCAAUGAGCAAUGCAAACAGUCCGGCAAAGACGCCUUCAGAAGCGAAUUACAGCCGAUCGCAUUUUGAAUCAGCAAAACCGCCUCCUACUCAGCCAUCACCUUGUAAAAAAGUUGAAGAUGUAUUUGGUGAUCUACUCGGAAGCCAAGGAUACACAUUCACAGCUAAAAAGGAGACAGGGCCUUUAACAAUAAACCAAAUGCGAAGGGAAGAUAAAGCUAAAGUUACAGACCCGGAAAAAUUAAAAGUCCUGGACUGGAGCGAAGGAAAAACAACAAACAUACGAGCAUUGUUAACAACAUUACAUACCGUCUUGUGGUCAGAGGCAAAAUGGCCCCAGUGUUACAUGCAUCAACUUGUGUCAGCAGCAGACGUUAAAAAAGCGUAUAGAAAAGCUUGUAUAGCAGUUCACCCUGAUAAGCAUAUAGGCACACCCAAUGAGAAUUUAGCUAAAAUGAUUUUUAUGGAAUUAAACAACGCAUGGAGUGAGUUUGAAAAGGAAAUGGCUUAGAAGUUCUAUACUGAAUAUCUGCACAACAUAACUACCAAAGAAAGUUAGGUACUUAAGGUUAAAGAAAAAUUA